AUGAAGAAAUCUCGUUUUUUAAACGAGCAAUGGGUUAAGGUAGCAAAAUCCGCCGAGUUUCCUCCUUCUUUAAUUGCUCGCCUUAAGAUUGACCUGCCGACCUGUCCAGUGCUCUAUCUCCUUAUCAAGACGCACAAACUCCAGUCCAGCAGCGAUCUGGCUUCCACUGACCCUGCUACAUUCAAAGUAAGACCUAUAAUUAGUAGUGUAGGGGGUCCUACGGAUAGGAUAGGAUGGUUCCUAAACACAAUAUUUGCACAAGUAUUGAGCCAUAUACCUGCCCAUUUGACAAAUACCCGUAUGUUCCUAGACCACCUACGCACAGCACAACUGACAAGAGACUGUGUCAUGGAGUCUUUUGACGUCGAAGCCCUGUAUACUAAUGUAUCUAAUGACUCUGCGAUACAGGCUAUGUUCGAACUGCUGAAAGAAAACAUAAGAACCAUCAAUUUACACGGAUUGUCAAUCUCCCAAUUGAUGGUUCUUCUCAAGGCGUGCCUCGAUUGCAAUAUCUUUAGAUGGUCCGGGAAUUACUUUGCACAGCUUAGAGGUUUAGCUAUGGGGCAGAGAUUGGCUCCCACCUUAGCUAUUUCAUUUAUGGCCAAAAUUGAAGCACCUGUUCUGGAACUACGUCCAUUGUUCUACUCUCGGUACAUUGACGAUUGUUUUGUCAUUUGCGCCACCCAAGCGGAGAUGGACAAAUGUUUUGGCUUGUUGAACCGACAGUCCGAACACAUAAAACUUGCUAGGGAGAAACCACAGGAUAACUGGCUUCCUUUUCUGAACAUCCAGGUUUGCAUCUCAAACGGUACGUACCAAACGAAAUGGUAUCGUAAGCCGAGUAACAAAAACAUCUUGGUUCAUUUUCUUUCUGCUCAUCCAUUUCACAUGAAGAAAGCUGUGCUUAACAACAUGUUCCGCACGGCAAGAACUGUUUGUAGUGGACCUGAGGAGAGAAAGGAAUCAUUAACUUUGGCUCACGAAAUUGCUGUUUCGAAUGGUUAUGAAGUCCGAACGUCUGAAACGAGACGAUACCGAAGUGAACGAGCACGGCAAGUGGAAAACCCCACCACAGAUAAGAUACCUCUCUGCUUUCCUUACAUCUCCGAUGAAGUGAGCGCUGCCAUUAGGCGGUGUCUGAGGAGAGCAGACUUGGAUAGCUCCGUUUCGGUCGUUGAAAUACCACCGAACAAUUUGAAACAUCAAUUAGUUCGGAAUCGUUUAUACGAUACCAUCUGUACAACACCGAACUGUAUUAUUUGUCCCACAGGUAGAUCAGGAGACUGCUUGAGAUCCGGGGUAAUCUACCUGAUUUCUUGCACGAACUGUGGCGACGAGUAUAUCGGUGAAACGGCACGACCGCUGUAUGUCCGCAUCAAAGAGCACGUGAGCGGCAAGAAUAGGUUACGAGGAUGGACACCUUUAGGUGCCCAUAGAACACAAAAACACGACGGAGCCGAUUUUGAAAUUAGGGUCCAAAUCUUAGCGCACGAAACUAAAACGUUGGCUCGAAAAUCGCUGGAGGCAUUUUGGAUCCAAGCCAAAAACCCUAAAAUGAACCGCAAGGGUGAAUGUCUGUCGAUAACGCGGGAACUCGCGCCAUAUCUCGAAUGGUUUGUCCGAUCCGAAUGUGACAUUCGAACCAUUCGCCCUCGUGAUCGAUCAGUCAGCGGUCCAUGCUAG